AUGACCGACGGCAAAGCUGUGCCCGCUCAUGUGAGCAAUGCCUUUGUCGACCUAAGCGGUAUCUCGACAUCGGAAUUCAGAAACCCAUACGAUGCAUUGAUUUCCGCAUGUGUAGAUGAUCCAGCGCAAAUACAGUCAAAAUACACUCUGCACCGAACUACGCGAAACGCCCAGCAGAAAGAAAAGCUGCUUGCCGCAGACUUCCCAGGUGUCAGUAUUGACCCCAUUCUCCAGAAGUUGAGCAACCCAAGCAUCGAGCCUGGCUAUAAAGACCCAAGGCAUUGUCUUGUGUUCUGGGGUCGACCCACUCAGAAGGUCAAGGAAAUGAUUCAUCGCGUUCAGCAAGAGCUGCAGACAGUGGCUCCAAAUCUGUGGAUAAUGCCGCAGGACUGUCUGCACAUUACUGUGCUCGAAGUCACACACUCCAAGACAGCAGAAGAAAUUCAGCAGCUAGUCGAACAGAUCAGGACUGCUGCCCCCGCGAUAACCGACUACCCAUACAAUCAUCGAGCACGUCUGAUCAAGCCCCUGAUCGGCUACGACGCCUCAGCAUUAGCUCUUAGCUUUGUGCCAGCUGCGGGAGAAGGACUGCCAUCCGGACGCACAGUGACAGAUGACAAGUUCACCUACCAUCAUCUUCGUCGAGACGUCUUCGAUUUGUGUCGAGAUGCAGGUGUCCAGGUCGACUCGCGCUAUGUUGUGCCUUCAAGCCAUCUCACUAUUGGACGCUUCAUCGACACCAAGGAUUUCUCAGAUCAGUCUGGCAAGCCUGAUCCACUGAAGAUGAAAGCGUUUGUUGCGAAGAUUGAAGAAAUCAACACUUGGCUCGAGAGGGAAUUCUGGCCCGAGCAGAACAGGGGCAUCAUUCCUGCGGGCGGAGAAUUCAAUGUGGGGGAAGAGCAAGGUCUGAAUUGUCGCAUGGGAACAUUAUGGUAUGGUGGCGGGGAGACUGUACACGCUGUCCCCAAACAACAACGAAGCUUAGAACGCAACGCACGCCACACUCACUUCACGCUAGCGGGGCAGCUUUACCUACAGCUCUACCUUGGGACAAUCGAUACGUGGCAAACGUACUUUCUUUGCUAUCAAACCACCAACCCAUCAAAUAUGUUCAAUCGAGACCGCCUUCCUGGUUUGCCCGGCAGCUCUCCACGCCCCCCGCCGCGCAAUGACGGCUAUGGGCGGCCACCCGCCCAACAACAGCCUCCUCAGCGCUCUCCGGGGCCCGACACACGCAUGGGCGGAUACGACGACCGCUCACAGCGUAUGCCCUCUCGAGGACCGCCAGGAGGGGGAUCGCCGGCCCGCCAAUUGCGUCCGAUCAAGAGCCCUGGAGGCAAUGCAUACGCAUUUGGUAAUCUGGUCGCAGUCUCUCCUCAAGAUUUCCCUCCCGCGCCCGACGGUUCCGACAUCUACAUAAUACUGAAUGGCGGCUAUGUCCUCUCUGCACGCCCUACUCAAGGAUGCCCACCGGGUGAGAUUGGCCUCACAGAUGCGCAGAGAACUUGGGCAGGCAUCACGCUUGGUCCCCAGGAUGUAGUCUCAGUCCAGCCAUAUGACGCGUUUAGCCAAAGCGGUGGGCAGUCAUACUUGGGCGCGGUCGAAGUCGAGGUUGGUUUUGCAGCGCGGAAAACAACAGAUACGCCUUACGACCAAGAUGAACUUGCCACGCAGUUCAAAAAGAACUUCGAAAACCAGAUCCUGGCACCUGGCCAACAGCUUUUGCUAGACGUCAAAAACAUACCAUUGCGCAUGUCUGUCAGGACCGUACAACUCGUGGACCUCUCCAUGGAAAAGAAAGACAGCUCAGCACCUCCUCUUACAGAUCCCCGAGCUCGAGGUAUCCUUACAAGUCACACUCAAAUCGACUUCUUCAAGGAUGCUCGGACAGACAUCAAGCUCAAGGCAUCCACCAGACGGCCAGCCGCAAAUUCGAUCAUUCAGCCUGGCUUCAAGUUCGAAGAUAUGGGUAUAGGUGGACUAGACACCGAGUUUAGUGCCAUCUUCCGACGAGCCUUUGCUUCUCGUAUCUUCCCCCCAGGCCUGGUAGAGAAGCUUGGUAUACAGCACGUUCGAGGUAUCCUUUUGUACGGGCCUCCCGGUACAGGAAAGACUUUGAUUGCGCGCCAGAUCGGAAGCAUGUUGAAUGCUCGCGAGCCAAAGGUCAUCAACGGCCCGGAAGUCUUGAACAAAUAUGUGGGUCAGUCGGAGGAGAACAUCCGCAAGCUCUUCGCGGAUGCAGAAAAAGAAUACAAAGAGAAGGGCGAUGAGAGUGGUCUUCACAUCAUCAUCUUCGACGAGCUCGAUGCUGUGUGCAAGCAAAGAGGAUCUGGUGCAGGCGGAGGUACUGGUGUUGGUGACAGUGUAGUAAACCAGCUGCUUUCCAAGCUUGACGGUGUGGAUCAACUCAACAACAUCUUACUCAUUGGAAUGACGAAUCGAAUGGACAUGAUCGAUGAGGCUCUUCUACGACCUGGUCGCCUAGAGGUACAUAUGGAGAUUUCCCUGCCAGAUGAGUCGGGUCGAGCCCAAAUUCUUAAAAUCCACACCACUAAGAUGCGAGCGAACGACGUUCUCGACUCAGACGUUAGCCUUGAAGAGCUUGCGAGACUUACGAAGAAUUUCUCCGGUGCCGAGCUCAACGGGUUGGUCAAAGCAGCCUCGUCCUAUGCAUUCAGUCGGCAUAUCAAGGUGGGCACAAUGGCAGCAAUCAACCCAGACGUGGAGAACAUGAAGGUCAACCGCCAAGAUUUUAUGAGCGCCCUUGACGAAGUGAAGCCGCUAUUUGGCGUUGCAGAAGAAGAGCUCGGAAAGCGUUUGCUACGUGGUAUUAUAAAUUUCUCCCCUUUUAUCAGAGACAUUCUCGACGAGGGACGCUUGUACAUCAAUCAAGUAAGGAAGCCGGAUUCCACGCCAAUUCUUUCUGUGGCUUUGCACGGCCCGCCUGGAAGUGGAAAAACGGCAUUAGCUGCAAAGAUGGCGAUCGACUCAGGGUAUCCAUUCAUCAAGCUGAUCUCACCUGAAGACAUGGUUGGGUUUAGCGAGAUGCAGAAAGUACAGCAGCUUGACAAGACCUUCCGAGACGCUUACAAGAGUCCUCUUAGUGUUAUUGUUAUUGACAAUAUCGAGAUGCUCGUUGACUGGGUUCCCAUUGGUCCUCGAUUCAGCAAUAGCGUUCUGGUAGCACUGAAGGUCCUACUGGAGAAGCAACCGCCCAAGGGACGGCGUCUACUGAUUUUCGCGACGACUACCGAGCGUUCGGUACUCACUCAACUGGACCUUUUCAGCCGCUUCGAUGCCGAGAUUGCUGUGCCCAAUGUGAACACACAAGCUGAACUGGCCAAUGUUUUGCAAGAGUCUGGUGCCUUCUCAGAAAGUGAUCAGCAACGAGCUAUUGGUGAAAUCCAAGAAAUCACUGGUAGUGCCGAAGUAGGAGUUGGCAUCAAGAAGAUUCUGACGGGCAUCGAGACGGCAAAGCAGGAUCAAGAUGUGCCUGGCCGCUUCGCCAGGGUCAUGUCUCGGGCGAUUGCAGCCAACCGGGGCUUACAGAAUUAG